AUGUUACCCUCUACAUUCACUCCAAGCAAUCAAGAACGAGAAAACUUGCCAGACGGAGAGCAAGGACAGCCUUUCAAGAACAAUGCCGGGGACGCUCUUGAGGAGUACAAACGUCUUGCUGUAGAGGCAAAAAAGCUUGAGAGCAGAGAGGCGAAUCUCUUGGAGGAAGUAUCCAACGUCCGUGAUACGGAACUUGAUGCUCAAAAGAGGUUGAACUCAUUUGUGGUGAAAAAGCUUCGACCACACUCGCAAAAUUCCCAAGACACCACCGGAACAAACGAGCUCCCUGGAUCCAAUGACGACUUGGGUCGAGCUCCGACUCUUUCUAUGAUUCCAGCCUCCACUACACAGUCGUCGCUAUUGGUUCCAGAUGCACCCUCUCCUUUAGUAGCAGGAGAUCAGAAACCGGCUUCGGACCAACACAGCACUGGCCGGCGUUCUCCCUUCCUUCCCGCCCCGGUUAGUAACAGUGAUCUCAUUAGUAGUUUGGGUCACCCCACUCAAGGAGUACCCACAGAAGCAUCGAUGCUAUUUGCAAAAACUACCAGUGGAACUAAUACUUUCAAGCGAGUUCCAGCCUCGUCUCUUGACAGUCCCACUCCUCAAAUCAAGGGUCGCCGAUUGAUGAAGCCGUCUCCUGACGGACAACAACCAAGCACAGCUCUGUUUUGUUUCGCAAAGGCUUCUUUCUCUUUGACUCCUGCAACAACAAGAUCUGGAAGCCCACCUUCUCAAGGUGUCAGCAACAAUAAUGCUGCUGACGAACUCAAUGCAAAUGAUGCUGCUCCAGUCCCCAGCACUUCUGUUGUGUUUUGUCCAAUCACUGGUUCCAUGCUGGACGAGGCAAACGCGGACAACGACGCAACAGAAGCACAAAUCCAUAACACACAUAACACACGCUAG